AUGGCCUCCUAUCACUCCCAGUCCCACCAGAGCCAUGCCGCUCAGCAUCGGCCGGUUCCUUCAUACAACCCGGUUGCCGCGAUGACUGCGCCCGCUGGAACUUUCUUGCCCAACACCAAAGUCCAGGUAGGUAGCCACCGGGUUGUAAUCGAGAAAUACCUGUCCGAAGGUGGAUUCGCCCAUGUCUAUGUCGUACGGCUCUCGCAGCCUGUAGAUGGCACCGACAAGGCCGUUUUGAAGCGGGUGGCCGUCCCCGACAAGUCUGCGCUUGCCAACAUGCGAACCGAGGUCGAGACUAUGAAGAAGCUCAAAGGCCACCGUCACAUUGUCAAGUACAUCGACUCCCAUGCGUCGCAGCUCAAAGCCGGUGGCUACGAGGUGUUUCUCCUGAUGGAAUAUUGUGCAGGUGGGGGGUUAAUUGAUUUUAUGAACACCCGGUUACAGAACCGCUUGACAGAGCCGGAAGUCAUCAAGAUCUUUUCCGAUGUCGCCGAGGGUGUUGCUUGCAUGCAUUACCUUAAGCCUCCUUUACUACACCGAGAUUUGAAGGUGGAGAAUGUCCUUAUCUCUCGCCAUGGAAGUACUGCGCUCUACAAGGUCUGUGAUUUUGGGUCGUCUGCUCCACCACGCCCUGCAGCAACCUCGGCUGCAGAGGGUCAUCUGAUCGAAGACGAUGUGCAACGACACACGACACUGCAAUAUCGAAGCCCGGAGAUGAUCGACGUUUAUCGGAAACAGCCGAUUGAUGAGAAGAGUGACAUAUGGGCCCUGGGGGUCCUCCUAUACAAACUCUGCUACUAUACCACCCCGUUUGAAGAGGUUGGACAGAUGGCGAUUCUGAAUGCAUCCUACAAGUUCCCCUCCUAUCCCAAAUUUUCAAGCCGGCUUAAAAUGUUUAUAUCAUCAAUGCUUCAGGAAAGCGCGCAGAAGCGCCCUAAUAUUUACCAGGUACUGCGUGAGGCAUGUCAAAUGCAGGGACGAGAGGUUCCAAUCAAAGACAUUUAUGCCAACCGGUCGACAUCGGAAGCGCGCCGAUAUCAAGAGCUUCCCCCGUCCCCAACAGAAACACCGCAACUCGGGGCCGUGUUUUCUGCACCAGUCCAAGAGACUCAUGUCACUAUUCCGGAGAUUGCUCCAAUGCGUCGCGGGCGACCAACCAGACCGGAAACUUCGGAGCAAAACUCCGCACGCCCAAGCCCGUCGCCUUUUCGUGGAGCACCUACAGACCCGUUUGCUGCGCUGGAUGGUAGGAAGGCCGCCGACGAGUUCUCGGAUAGAUUCCCAUCACUUGACCAAUUCAAUAUUCUGCAUGAGAAGAGAGGCAAAUUCGAGUUUGAGCCAACGGUUGCGGACCAGAAGGAAGAUGACGCUCUUGCCCAGAAGCUAACUAAUGCCCUGGCCGACGACGCGUUCGCUAAGCACUCGCCGCUACCUCAAGAAACGGCCGCGGAACCUGUCAGUAGGCGGCAACAAUCACGAUCAACGAAGACGUCACCGGUGGAAUACAACCAGUAUCGCGAUGAGCCACCGCGACAGACACCGCUUUAUCAACCGGCACCCCAGAGACCUGCAAUGAUAUCUACUGGUACGAUGACUUCGCCACCUGAAAGCCCCGGGUUGUCAGGGUUGAAACCACCUAGUCGGCCAAUCCACAGGUUCCCGUCUUCCGAUCAACAGCCGAAGACUGCUGACAAUGAAAAGAGGAUGUCCAGGCCUGGAAUAUCGCCUAUCCCCUCCUCAAAGUUGGAGACAGACCCGAGGAUCUCAUCGGACAGGCUAUCAAAUUUGUCAGCAUCGUCGCGACCUUCGAUGGAAGCUCUUCGGCCGCCACAUCCGGAGGUUGAUGACUCUAUACAUCGUUCAAGAUCGGCCAACAGUCGAUCUCGUCCAUUAUCAAUCCACGCAGGCACCAAACUUGAGCUUCCACCGCGGAGCGCGGAAAGUGCCCGCUCAUCACUUGAGUUACCCAGAUCACCUUACGAUGGUGGAUCUCCGUUGCAGCACGCGAAGACCGAAGUUGAGUACGACCGCGCUAACAUAUCAUCGGACGUGGAUUAUUUACGAGCGAAGGAGGGCGAAUCGAAUCGGAAACGCGAGAAGCGUUACAGUGGGAGCUCAAAACAUAAUAAGCGCUCCAGUCUCUCGACGUUGUCUUUCUCUGGCACAAAGACGCUGUUUGGUGGUCGAUUUGGCGAUGCUGUCCGCCGUUUUGAGGGCGGCCAAGAAGGCAGGGCUCAGUCUCCCGCCCAAGAAGACUUACCUAGACCGUUAUUAUCUCCAGCGUCAGGCCCUGAAACAACUGUGGAACCAAUUGGGUAUUCGGGUGGAGCUGAUGAUGAUAAUGAUGAUGAUGAUGGCAUCUCACCCGAGAUGCGCCGUGAGCUUGAACGUCGACGUCUAUCGCAAGAAGAGAAGCGUGUGGCAAGUGCUGCCGCUGAAUAUCGUCGCCGGGUUGCCGAACAGGGAGAGGGAGGUCGGAGACCCACAGGCGAUUCGACUCGAGCUCCUGCAAUCAUGAACAGGGUACAAACUCUAUUUGGUGAAGCCAGCAAGCCUCCUCCACCACCCAAGACUGCUACUGGGUAUGGGAGGUUCACAGAAACAACCGAUGAUGCUUUGCAGGCAAAGCAGCCGGAAGUACAGUCACGACCGAGCACGCGGGGUGCAGGAAAUCCACCCGCAGCACCGAAGCAGGAGACAUCAACCACGGGGUAUAUUGCGGCCGCACAGCGCACGGGGCCACGCCCGACGGCGCCUCCAAAGCCAAAGAGCCUCCGCGCUGGGACGACUGGCACGGACCCAUCUGGAUCGAGCAGCUUUGACCGUCUUCAAGGCCAGCCGACACAAGGAACCCCCACGAGUCCGGGCGAAGAUUGGGAGGCGAACUUCAGCAAGAGGUAUCCCAGUCUCUCCGGACUGGAGAUGGUUGAGACAGAGAUCGAGAUACCCAAGUUCCCGGCGGUGCGGACCAAAGAGGUGUAA